AUCCCAGCUUGGCUAUAUUGGGAGGCUAUCACUGUAAAACUACAAGUCCCAGAAUGCAUUUCAUGAGUACAGUCCUGUCCGGUUCACACAUGCUCAGUGUGGUAGCAGGAGCCGGCUUUCCAUGGCUUCCUAGCAAAGUUAACCAAGGUGGAGCAAAAAAGCUCCACCCCCAAAACCAAGCUCUGGGAUUGGAGUUGGAGCUUAGCCUCAGGGUGGGGCCAGAAUUUACCUUUGUACUCCAGGCAGGUCUGGGUUGGUGGUGCCUGGCUGGGUGUGUCCAGAACUGGCUGCCAUCCUGACACGUCUCUGAGCUGCUGGCAGGUUUGAAUCCAGGAUCCUUAUGGCCCUGCUGUCCCACUCUCUCUUUCCCAAAUUUUACUUUUUCUCCCUCUUGGGUCCUUCCCACAGAUUACUAUGCUUCAUGUAACUCCUGCCGCUCACAAGGGCCCCUUUGCUGGUCACAAGAUCUUUCCUGCCCAACUACAAGCAGGGUUCUAUGGACAGCCACCAUGGCCUCUGGGCUGGCAGAAGAGUCUGAACCAAGUCUUGGGGAGUCUGAGCUGGCUGUGAACCCCUUUGAUGGGCUCCCCUUCUCUUCCUGUUACUAUGAGCUGCUUGAGCAGCGCAGAGCCUUGCCCAUCUGGGCUGCUCGCUUCCUGUUCUUGGAGCACUUGGAGAGCAGCCCCACGGGAGUGGUGCUGGUGUCUGGGGAGCCUGGCUCUGGCAAGAGCACCCAGAUUCCUCAGUGGUGUGCAGAGUUUGCACUGGCCAGGGGGUUCCAGCUGGGCCAGGUUACUGUUACUCAGCCCUACCCGCUAGCAGCCGUGAGCCUGGCUUCAAGGGUGGCUGAUGAGAUGGACCUGACCCUGGGUCAUGAGAUUGGAUACAGCAUCCCUCAGGAAGACUGCACUGGGCCCAACACCAUGCUCAGGUUCUGCUGGGACAGGCUGCUUCUGCAGGAAGUAGCCUCCACCAGGGGCCCUGGCGCCUGGACUGUGCUGAUACUGGAUGAGGCUCAGGAGCGGUCAGUGGCCUCAGAUUUACUGCAGGGCCUCCUGCGAGACACCAGACUGAGAAACCUUCCAGGGGAUCGCAGAGUGGUUGUGGUUACUGACCCAGCCCUUGAACCCAAACUCCAAGCUUUCUGGGGCAGUUCUCCUAUUGUGCGUGUACCCAGAGAGCCUGGUGGAAAUCCCACUCUUGUCUACAGGGACACUGUCCCUACUGACCUAGUGGAAGCUGCCUGCCAAGCGGUGCUUGAGCUGUGUCAGCGGGAAGAGGCACCAGGGGAUGUGCUGGUGUACCUGCCCAGUGAGGAGGAAAUUUCCCUGUGCUGUGAAUCCUUGUCCAGGGAGCUGGGGACCUUGGCUGUCCCAGGGCCUCCACCACGGGUACUGCCCCUUCACCCAGGCUGUGGUCAAGCCAUCCAGGCUGUGUAUGAGGACACAGACAUGAGGGUCCGGAAGAUCGUGGUCACUCAUUGGCUGGCAGAUUUCUCCUUCUCCCUCCCUUCCAUCCAGCAUGUCAUUGACUCGGGACUGGAACUUCGCAGUGUUUACAAUCCUCGGAUCCGAGCAGAAUCCCAGGUGUUGAGACCGAUUAGCAAGUGUCAGGCAGAGGCAAGACUGCAACGGGCAAGGGGGUUCCCAUCAGGAUCCUGCCUCCGCCUGUACUCCAAGUCCAUCCUAGAACUCGAGGCUCCCCCACUGCCCCACCCCAAAGUGUUCGAGGAGAAUCUGAGCUCCCUGGUGUUGCUACUAAUGAGGAAACAGAUUGCAGAGCCAGGGGAGUGCCACUUCCUGGACCGGCCUGCACCAGAAGCACUGAUGCAGGCCCUGGAAGACUUAGACUAUCUGGCUGCGCUGGAUGACGAUGGGGACCUGUCGGACCUAGGAAUCAUUCUGUCGGAGUUUCCCCUGCCCCCUGAGCUGGCCAAAGCCCUGCUGGCCUCCUGCGAGUUUAACUGUGUGGAUGAAAUGCUCACUCUCGCUGCCAUGCUCACCGCCGCUCCUGGGUUUACCCAUCCUCCACUGUGUGCAGAAGAAGCUGCCUUGCGUCGGGCCCUGGAGCAUGCAGAUGGUGAUCACAGCUCUCUGAUCCAGAUUUAUGAAGCCUUUGUACAAAGUGGAGCGGAUGAGGUUUGGUGUCAGGCUCGGGGUCUAAACUGGGCAGCACUGUGCCAAGCCCGUAAACUCCGAGAAGAGCUCGUGGAACUCAUGCAACGGAUUGAGCUUCCCCUGUCCCAGCCAGCCUUUGGCUCUGAGCAGAAUCGCAGAGACCUUCAAAAAGCACUGCUGUCCGGAUUCUUCCUCAAGGUGGCCCGAGACACAGAUGGCACUGGAAACUACCUGCUUCUCACCCAUAAACACGUAGCCCAGCUGUCUUCAUACUGCAGCUACCGAAAUCGCAGGGCUCCGGCUCAACCGCCCGCCUGGGUGCUAUACCACAGCUUCUCCAUAUCCAGAGACAACUGCCUUUGCAUCGUCUCUGAGAUCCAACCUGAGAUGCUGGUGGAGCUAGCCCCUCCAUACUUCCUGAGUAACUUGCCCCCCAGUGAGAGCAGAGACUUCCUGAACCAGCUGAGAGAAGGACCUGCAGAGCCAUCAGCCCAGACGGCCUCUUCCUCUGCCCAGGAGUACGGGGAUGGCUGUGUUCUGCAGUGAGCUGCUGCCUAAGGAAUGGAGCCAGCCUCACCACACAGCACCAAGGCAGUGGGCCAGUCUCAGAAACCCACAGUGUAGGGUCAAAUACACUCCUGGAGCCCAAGAGCCAAGACAGGGUGGGAGAGAAGGGAACCGGGGGAGCCGCAGUCCAGGAGGCAGACCUUUCUUUCUCCUUUGUCCACCAGCAAAGGAGCAAAUCCUGCUCACUCCACCGAUGCUGCCCCACACAACCUUGCACUCUCCUUGGGACUAUAAAAGAUUUCCCUAGGAUGCCAAGUUUGAUCUUAGUUCUGUGGUGCCACACACAUCUGUGAGUUAGAGAUGACACUUUAGAAUGAGGCUGACUUCCGCAAGCACAGCCUCCUCC